UUGUAAAUCAAUCUAAAAGUAUUAUAAAGUAUUUUUUAUUAAUUUUAAGAUUUUCAGACAAAAAUGUUGUUCCACAUUAAUUCUUAUGAUUUGUUAAUGUAAAAUGUUAAUGGCUACUUCAGUUACUCUGCUGAUGCUUUCAGGCAGAAUGUCAGAUACUGAAGAUGAGGAUAUUUUCUCGUUUAACUCGGCUAUACCUCAACCUCGUACUACAGAAGAUCUUGAGGUUGCACAGCUCAUGGAUAUCCGGGAACCCUUACAGAACCUUAGAAUCAUCCUACAGCAAAGAUUCAAUGCAGAUCUUUCAGACUAUGAUUUCUGGCUCCAGGAUUCCCAGAUCCUGGAGCCUCAUAUGAACCUGGUGGAUCAAUGUGUGCAAGGAGAAGGAUUGGUUCAGAUCAAUGUUGAACUCAAGUCCGAGGGUGGGCUCAACAAGAUUAAUAUUAUGGAUGUAUUGAAACCUCCUGAUGAACCGAUGAGUGAGGAGGAUAAGACAGAGGACGAGGUUGAGGAUGAAGAGGAGGAGGAGGAGGAAGUUGAACCUGAACCUACAAACAAGGAUAAUGUCACAAAAUGGGUUGUUUGCUCAGCAUUCCGAAAGGAGCAGGAGCGUUUAAAAAUCCCAACCGACCCUGCACAAUGGAACCUAACCCAUGUCCAGCACUGGCUUCGCUGGGCCAUCACAACCUUCAAAACUGCCUCAAUCCAACUCAAAGACUGGUCAAAUAUCAACGGGAUGCAGCUCUGUGAUUUGAGCCAUUCAGACUUUAAGAAAAAGGUUUCCAUUGACCCCGGAGACCUGUUCUGGACCCACCUGGAGCUCCUCAAGAAGUGUCAGUUUGUUGCUGUUGUUCAGAAAGCUCCGACAACUCUGACGGAGCGAAAGUAUAGUGUUGGUUCAAAAGGAACUACAGUUGCUGCCAAGAGGAAGAAACCUGUGACUCUAGGUGUAGCGAAGGAGAACAGGGUUGCUCCGAUACCAGACGGUUGCCCUGGGAACCGGAGCGGGAACAAUGGUCAGAUUCAACUCUGGCAGUUCCUCCUGGAACUGUUAACUGACAAGGAACACAGAGAAGUGAUACAAUGGAACGGGAACGAUGGAGAGUUUAAGUUGAGUAACCCUGAGGUGGUUGCCCAGCUGUGGGGGGCUCGGAAGAAUAAACCAAACAUGAAUUAUGAGAAACUUUCACGAGCCUUGAGAUACUACUAUGAUGGAGAUAUGAUCUCUAAGGUGCACGGAAAGCGAUUUGUUUACAAGUUUGUCUGUGACCUCAAGCAUUUAAUCGGUUAUUCAGCCUCCGAGCUCAGUCGGCUCGUCUCGGAGUCGGAGGCUAAAUUUUUCGGGAGCCAAAUAAAAUUAUAAAAUAGAUUUAUACUUUCAGA